AUGGCCGACUCCCUCGAUCACCUAUCCUCUGGAAGCACUCAGAUUGAAUGGCUCUCCAGCUUAAAUACCGAGUUCAAGCCCAAGACCAACUAUCGCCGUACAUCCAUUAUCUGCACAAUUGGCCCAAAGACCAAUUCCGUGGAGAAAAUCAACAUCCUACGUAAAGCUGGGCUCAACGUCGUACGCAUGAACUUCUCCCACGGAGCGUACGAGUACCACCAAUCGGUCAUUGACCAUUCGAGAGAAGCCGAGCGCCAAAUGCCGGGCCGGCCUUUAGCCAUUGCGCUCGAUACAAAAGGUCCCGAGAUCCGCACGGGUAACACGGUUGGAGAUGCAGACAUUCCAAUUUCUGAGGGUCAUGAGAUCAACAUAACCACCGACGAGAAGUACGCUACUGCUUGCGAUGAAAAGAACAUGUACGUGGACUAUAAGAACAUUACCAAGGUCAUUGAAGCCGGCCGAACUAUCUAUGUGGAUGACGGAAUCCUUGCGUUUGAGGUUCUGAAGGUCGUUGAUGAGAAGACUCUCCGCUGUCGAUGCAUCAACAAUGGGAGAAUAUCGUCCAAGAAAGGUGUCAACCUGCCCAAGACCGACGUUGAUCUCCCAGCCCUUUCAGAGAAAGACCAGAACGAUCUACGAUUUGGCGUCAAGAACAACGUGGACAUGGUUUUUGCUUCAUUUAUUCGCCGCGGUGAGGACAUCAAGGACAUUCGAAGAGUCCUCGGCGAAGACGGAAAGGACAUCCAGAUUAUCGCAAAGAUUGAGAACCAGCAAGGUGUGAACAAUUUCGAUGAGAUUCUCAAGGAGACCGACGGUGUUAUGGUUGCUCGUGGCGAUCUCGGUAUCGAGAUUGCCCCUGCUCAGGUCUUCAUCGCGCAGAAAAUGAUGAUUGCGAAGUGCAACCGCGCUGGAAAGCCCGUCAUCUGCGCAACCCAGAUGCUUGAGUCAAUGACUAACAACCCUCGCCCUACUCGUGCUGAAGUCAGCGAUGUUGGCAACGCCGUUCUCGAUGGAGCGGACUGCGUCAUGCUGUCUGGUGAGACUGCCAAAGGUAACUACCCUAAAGAAUCUGUGGCGAUGAUGCAUGACACCUGCUCCUUGGCCGAAGUUGCCAUACCUUACGUCAGCUUGUUCAACGAUAUGCGUGCAACGACCAAGAAGCCCGUCAGCUUGUUAGAGUCGGCUGCCAUGUCCGCUGUGAGCACCAGCUUGGAGAUGAACGCUGGCGCCAUUCUUGUCCUGACUACGAGUGGCAAUUCUGCCCGGAUGAUCUCCAAAUAUCGUCCUGUAUGCCCAAUCAUCAUGGUCACUCGCAAUGCUACUGCCUCUCGCUACUCACAUUUGUAUCGCGGCGUAUACCCAUUUAUGUUCCCAAGGCAGAAACCAGACUUUAAGGAGGCUGAUUGGCAGGAAGAUGUCGACGGCAGACUCAAGUGGGGGGAUUAA